AUGGUGGGGACCGUCGCGCCGCCGCCCGCGGUUGCUCCUACUGCCUGGCGGCAGCGGGCGGGGCCGACGCGUCCACGCGUCCGUUGGGCGCGGCCCCCCGCCCCGCCCCGCGCUCCGCGGCCGCGCCUCCCCCCGCCCCGCCCCGGCGAGGUGGCCCGGCUGCCGCGGCUUCGCCGGUCGACCGCCCCCGCGUCUGAGCAGGCUUCUCCGCGGAGAGUGAAAGGAGGCGACGGCUCCCGUGAGCCCCUGUCAUUGGUCGGCCGAGGGCCGAAAGCGUGUGGGCCGGCGCCUGGUUGCUCCACCCGCAGGCUGGCGGCCGGGCUGCUGUGCCUGCACUGCUGCGCCCAACCAGCGAAGGCGCUGGGUCUCCGGGGGGACAUGCGGCCGCCCUCAGGGUGCUCUUUGUUGCAGCCCCGCUCUUCCCCUCGCUGCCACAACUCGGGGCAGUUCUUCUCACCUGCAGGCUUGCACUCGCUUGAUGUCUGAUACGGUGGAAACGUUUCCGAACCCCGGCAGCAGAGACAGCAGCCUGCACGUGCUUACAACCAAGAUCACCCUGAGGAAGGCCAUUCCCGGCCUGAGGGCAGGACCUCGCUUUGCUUCCCACACAAGGCCUCGCGCCUGCUCGUCCUCCACCCCAUCUUAGGCUCUUGUUAUCUCGCACAUAUUAUUUCAGGAAGCUCCUUUUGAAACUCUUCUUGAUGACGCCUGUGUUGUACAUCUGGCUGCAGCGCUCCUCGUGGCUUAAGCUGCAAAUCCUCCCCUUCGCUGACAGGUCCGGGCUCCGGUGCCUUCGUCCAGCCUCUGGGGGCCUGCGCACAGCCGGGCCCCAGCAUUCUCUGUG